AUGAGCAUGGCUGAUACUACGCCAGCACACAGUCCCGUCGGUGCUGCGUCACGAACCCACAAGUCCUGCGAUGCAUGCAAGUCUCGUAAAGUCCGCUGUCCAAGCACCGGCCCACCAGGCCCCUGUGCUAAUUGUACGCGUCGGAAGCAAGAGUGUCGCUUCAGUGUCAAGAAGCUCGCGCACAGGCGAAAUGUUGCCGGUCAGCUUCUGCCAACCAACUACUCUCCAUCAAGCCAACGGGCACCCAGCCCGCCGAACGCAACAGCCGUUCUGGACCUGUCGACAUCAGACGGCCAAAUCAAACCCGAAGCCACGGAGACGCCAUCGCCGAAAUCUCCAUCACAUCGCAUCCAUGAACUCUACGUCGACCGCAUCCUCGCCCGAGCCCAGGAGCCAAAGGAUUCUGACGGAAAGGCUCAAGAGGAUGCCAUGUUCGUCCCGCGUCUGCGGAACCGCAAAGUCAACGAGCUCGUCGGGAGGAUCUCGGCCAUCGUCAACGGCCGGCUGCGGCGUGCCGACCCGGCGACGACGACCACGCGCAAGACGGGGCAGCCCGGCACGGUGGUCUACCGCGGCAGCGCCAACUUGUACAUUCGCCGUAAGCGCUCCCACUCAGUUACAUACACACACACCACUCUCAUGUUCGUUCCUCCCGAAUGUUUCUGCAGACAGCUAACGAGUCCGGCCGGGCCAGUCUACUUCGAACGCGUGCACCCGUCGCUCCCCUUCCUCGACAGGGCCUCGUUCGAGUCCACCGUCGCGAACCCCAACUUCCCCAGCCUCCUCGAGCACAGCAAGCCGUGGACCUGCCUCUACCACGCCGUCCUCGCCAUCGGCUCCCAGCAUGCCGACGGCGGCACCUUCGAGCCCGGCAAAGGCGAGUCCUGGCGCCUCUUCUCCGUGAGCCUCGGCAGCUUCUCGGACCUCCUGCUGCUGCCGGACUCUCUCACCACCCUGCAGGCGCUGACGGCCAUGUCGCUGUACGCGCUGUGCCUCUGCGGACUCUCGGUCGAGCCCGUCAUCAUGUCGGAGGCGGCCCGGCGCGCCCAGAUGAUGUCGAGCCACAACUUCACCGGUUCGGCGGCCUCAGCAUACCAGAAGGCCUUCUGGUCCAUGUACAUCAUCGAGAAAAUCACCAGCUUCCAUAUUGGAAGAAGCUCUGUGAGAAGCCCCCCCCCCCCGGACAACAACAACGAUAUCCCGCCCGGUUCUUCUUUGCUGUACGCUGCUAACCGCCCAGGACAGAGCUUCGUCGACUGUGACAUCUCCUGCCCUAUCCCAGUCAUCCCCGACGCAGCGAUCGCGGGCUUCAACCCGUUCCUGCACCUCGUGCGGCUCUCGCGCUUGCUCUCCCGGGCGUACACGUCCCUCUUCUCGGUGGGUGUGUCGGGGAACUCCAGCUCGUACUACAUGGACGUCAUCGACCAACUGAACGUCGAGCUGGAGGCCUGGCGGGCGUCGUUGCCGGACAACGGCUUCAGGCCGGGCGGGACGGUUCGCGCCCAAGCGAUCCUGGAGCCCAUGGCCCGCUCGCUCGCCGUCGUCCUGCAUUACCUUUAUUACAGCCUCCUCCUGACCCUCUCGAGGACCAUGUUGGUCUACUUGCAGACCUCGGAUGGCUCCGUGGCGGUGGCGCCCGAGGUGGCGGCGAAGAGGUCGUCCAAUGUGAAGACGACCCUCAACGGGUCCCGGUUCAUUCUCGAACUGACAUCGAUGAUCGAGGUGGAGCCGUACACGAACACAUGGGUCAUUGCCGGGAUACCCAUCACAGCGCUCUUCGUGCUCUUCGACAUCGUGAUCCACGACCCGCAGCUGCCAGACACGGCGUCCAACCUGGCCCUGCUCGACAUGGCGGCGGGCCACUUUAGCAGGAUCGAGUUCGUGAGCGGCGGAGCCGUGCCGGGAUCGCUCAUCGCCGAGUUUGCCAAGAUUGCGCGGGAUUACGUGAACGAGAUCCAGCAGUCGGAACAGCGGACGACAGAUGCCGCGAAGCCGCCGACUGAAGUGUCCACCACGGCAGCCCAGGAACCAGCGUUUGAGCUCCAGGACAGCCAACAGGCGCCACAGCCGGACGUGAUGCAGAUGGAUCUUUCUGAUACCAUGGUGAGACAUCCCGUGAUGCCCGGUCCUCUGCAGAGCGGCUUCGUCGACUUCUCGUUCUACAACGGGAUGGACCAGGUGUCUCCCGGUGCUCCCAUGGGAACCAACGUUAUGGGAUUGUUCAGCUACUUCCUGCCUGACCUGGACCCCAUGUUCUACCAGGGUCUGACGCAGGAUUACGACAUGCUGCCGAACGGAGGGCCCGUCAAUUAA